AUGGGGCUGCAGUGGGCGUGGUAUGGCUCGGACCUCGGCGGGACGCGGCCGUGCGCCUCCACAUACGAGCUCUACAAGACUGCGAUUCCCGAGAUUCCCGCUGCCAAGUGCGCGAACUUGGCGUUCCUCCCGGACGCCCCGCCUCGCACCGACCCUAGCGACGACGCGGGAAGCUUGCGGACGCACGAGCUUCUGACGCGACUCGAGACCACACACGAGCUGUCAGGAGCGUUCAAGCGGUUCAUGGCCGCGCGAGAGCUCCAGGCGCUCGUGCCGAGCUGCACGUCGUCGUACUUUUACCUCGGCGAGCCCGUGUACGUGCCGACGCUGCAGUUUACCGUGCUUCUCUUCUACCGCGACCAGCAGGACUGCGUGCUUUGGUACCUUGUACUUGACGGCGCGCACGCGGGCUGCAUCCUCUCGGCGCCGCUGCUCCUCUUGGCGCCAGGCAGCAUCGCCGACGACAAUGGCGUGGACGACGAAAACGACGUGUUCCGUGCGAUCCACGACGAAGCCGUUCUCUGCGCCGCGUCGUUCGACGAGUUCAUCUACCGAAUCUGGAUCGAGAACCACAUUUGGUUUCAGCAAAAUGGGCUUCGCGACUGCGUGGACACCACUGCAUCGAUCCAGGCCGAGUGCGACUGGUACCUCGAGGCGACCCAAUCGCUCAGCGAGUAG